ACUAUAUACCUAGUCCGAGAUGAAAUUGUCGCGUGGUGGUGGACGAACGCGCACGCCUCAACAUGUCCCAAGCCCAAGUAUACUUCGACUGGCUAGAUUAUUUAGUAUUCGGGGCAAUGUUGCUCAUGUCAGCCUUGAUUGGUGUCUACUUCGCAUUCUUUGCCACGAAGAAGCAGAACACGACCGCCGAAUAUUUGAUGGGAGGGAAAACAAUGGGGAUGUUCCCCAUCUCAAUGUCUUUGAUAGCCAGCUACGUCUCAGGCAUAUCGUUACUCGGCCUGCCUGCUGAAAUGUAUACGUAUGGAACGCAACUUUGGACUAUUGUACUGUCAGAGUGGAUCGUGUCUUUGACAAUAUCGAUAGUUUAUCUGCCUGUUUUCUACAAUUUACAGAUCACUUCUACUUAUGAGUAUUUGCGGCUGAGGUUUAACCAGAACGUUCGUCUAUUAGGUUCUGUAAUAUUUAUCAUCAAAAUGUUACUAUACAUACCAAUCGUAAUCUACGUUCCAGCUUUAGCUUUCAGCCAAGUUACUGGGGUCAACCUCCACAUGAUAACACCAAUCGUAUGCAUCGUCUGUAUUUUUUACACUACACUUGGUGGCUUGAAAGCUGUCGUGUGGACAGAUGCUUUACAAACUAUACUUAUGUAUUUUGGAGUAAUAUUUGUACUAGCCUAUGGUACUUGCCGCCUUGGAGGUAUCAGCGAGGUGUUAAGAAUCAACAAAGAAGGCGACAGGCUAGAUUUUUUUAUCAUGGAUUUGGAUCCGACAAUCCGUCAUACAUUUUGGACGACCGUGUUUGGAAACUACUUUAGCUGGCUUGCGUCCUGUUCCGUAAACCAAGCCAUGAUCCAACGAUGCCUUGCUCUGUCUUCUCUUAAACGGGCUAGAAUAACAAUUUUCAUAAUGGCUGCCGGAAUUUUCACCAUCGUAUCUCUAUGCUGUUACACUGGUUUGGUGAUAUAUGCGACUUUUGCAACCUGUGACCCGCUCACCACAAAAGCGAUCAAGAAAAGUGACCAGCUCCUGCCCUACUUCGUGAUGACCAUCACUGGAUCCAUCCCUGCAUUGCCUGGCAUCUUCAUGAGUGGAGUCUUUAGCGCAGCUUUGAGUUCAAUGUCUACCGGUUUAAAUUCAAUGUGUGGAGUCAUAUUCGAAGACCUGAUUAGACCAGCGUACAACAAGCCUAUUUCAGAGAAGACCGCAAGCUUUAUCAUGAAAAUCAUUGUUGUUAUCAUUGGUGCCAUAUGUGUCGGCCUUGUUUUCCUCGUGGAGCACAUGGGAGCCCUGAUCCAGGCGGGCAAGAGCUUAGCCGGCAUCACCGCAGGCAGUCUCCUGGGACUCUUUACAAUGGGACUUUUUAUGCCAUGGAUCAACGCUACGGGAGCGCUAGUUGGUGGAGUGACCUCCACGCUCCUUGUGGGUUGGAUCUCUUUGGGCACUCAGGCUGCCAUGUUGCGAGGAGAAAUUGUAGUGGUACCGAAACCAGUCAGCGUGGCGGGAUGUUCCGACAACUACACUCUUCCUACUACACCGAUAUCCGACGUUACUGUAGAGUUUGACAGAUCUGGCACAUUCUUCUUGUACCGGGUGAGCUACUUAUAUUACACGCUCAUCGGUAUGAUGGUGUGCAUUAUAACUGGAUCAAUUAUAACGUUUUUCACACAACCAAACAAACCCGCUAUGGUACAUCGAGACCUCCUGACACCAGUGAUUCAUCGCUUUCUUCCAACGCAAGACAUGCACUGCCGUCGACCAAGACUUACGCAGCACGACAUAGAGCUCCAUGCGAGGGAAGUGGAGCGCUUACGGGCUCAUACUGCUUAUUUAAAGGAUGAGGACCAGCAGCGAUAAUAAUUAUGUAACAAAGGAAGAACAAUUUUAGUAAAUAAUAAUUGUUUUCAUAUUGUUUUUUAUUUAUCAAUGUUCAUAUUAAUGUAAAUGUAAUGUAAUGUUAAAUAAAAAUUUGAGUUUGAUAUUUUGUUACAUUGCCUA